AUGUUCCGCAUGCGCCUCCGCAACUCCUCCACCAUGCCCAUGUCCCGCAUCGGCCUCCUCCUCCGCCGCCUCUCCUCCUCCUCCUCCUCCUCCUACUUCUCCACCUCCACCUCGCCACCCUCACGGUCACGGUCAUGGUCUCCCCGCGACGCCUUUGCCGCGGCCACGGAGCGCGUCCGUGCCGGGACGCUCAGCCCGGAGGACGCACACCACCUGUUCGACCAAUUGCUACGGCAGGACACUCCGGUCCACGAGCGCUCCCUGGGCGGCUUCCUUGCCGCCCUCGCCCGUGCGCCAGACUCAGCUGCCUGCAGAGACGGCCCCGCCCUCGCCAUCGCCCUCUUCAACCGCGUAUGCCGAGAAGAAGCAGGCCGGCCGGUGGUGCCGCCCACAGUCUACACCUACGCCAUCCUGAUGAACUGCUGCUGCCGCGUGCGUCGUCCGGACCUAGGGCUUGCCUUAUUUGGCCGCCUCCUAAGGACAGGCCUCAAAACAAAUGAGAUCGUCGCCAGCACCGUCCUCAAGUGCCUCUGCUGCGCAAAACGGACAGAUGAAGCAGUAAACGUGCUGAUUCAUAGGAUGUCCGACCUCGGCUGUGUGCCAAAUGAGUUCUCAUACAAAACAGUUCUGAAGAGCCUGUGUGAAGAUAGCAGGAGCCAGCGAGCGCUCGAUCUGCUCCGGGUGAUGGCAAAAGGAGAUGGCUGCUCCCCCUGCGUGGUGUCAUACAGCACUGUCAUCUAUGGCUUCUUUAAGGAAGGAAAAGUAGGCAAGGCAUGCAAUCUAUUUCAUGAAAUGACGCAGCAAGGCGUUGUGUCUGAUGUGGUGACAUAUAACUCAAUUAUCGAUGCACUGUGCAAGGCCAGAGCUAUGGACAAGGCUGAGCUAUUCCUUCGGCAGAUGGUUGAUGAUGAUAUUCGACCGAAUGGAGUGACAUAUAAUGCAAUGAUCCAUGGAUAUUCCACUUUGGGCCAGUGGAAAAAGGCGACUCAAAUGUUUAGAGAAAUGACAAGCCGCGGUCUUGUACCAGAUACUGUCACUUGGAACUCAUGCAUGGCCUCCCUCUGCAAGCAUGGAAGAAGCAGAGAAGCUGCAGAACUUCUUUAUUCCAUGGCUGCGAAGGGCCACAAGCCUAAUGUCGUAUCCUACUCUACUUUGCUUCAUGGGUAUGCAAACGAAGGGUGCUUUGCUGAUAUGGUUAAUCUCUUUAAUUCAAUGGUAGGCAAAGGUAUUGUACCGGACCACCAUGUUUUCAACAUAUUCAUUAAUGCAUAUGCUAAGUGUGGGAUGAUGGAUGAAGUUAUGCAUAUGUUGACUGAAAUGCGGGAACAAGGAAUGAGUCCGGAUGUGUGCACCUAUGUAACCAUAAUAGCUGCACUUUGCAGAAUGGGUAGGCUGGCUGAUGCUGUGGACAAUUUUAAUCAGAUGAUUGGGAAGGGAGUACAGCCAAGCAAAGUUGUUUAUCGCUCCUUAAUUCAGGGAUUCUGUACACACGGUGAUUUGGUGAAAGCGAAGGAGUUCAUUUUUUAA